AUGACGUUUAUCACAAUCGACGUCAGCAUGAAGUCCACGAAGGCUGUCUGUUAAAGUCUUUUACCUAAUCCAUAUUUUAACUGAUACUCGAAAAAUUAGCUUUACAUUUAAACAAACAUACAAUGGAAUUGACUGAGGUGGUGUCACCUUCUGUGGCUGUCCCAGUAUUAUGCGUUUUAGUGUGCGCUUUCCUAGUGUUUGCGUUUGGCUUCAAGUCACCAGCUCAGCCUCCCAGUUUUGAUGUGUUUGAUGAAGAUGGAAAAAAGAAGAGAACCAAAAAGUCAAAGGGCAGUAAAAGUCAAAGUAAUGGUCAUGCAGUGAUAGCAGGAGAAGGUGAUAUCAAUAACAGUGCAAAAGUGCAGUCAUCUCCACGCCAAACUGUAAAACAGCAGGCAAGUAAGACACAGGCAGUGGUAACAAAGAGUAAGCCAGCCCCGCAGUCUGCUCAGGAAGCACCAAAAAAGGUUAAGAAACAGGCUGUGAAAGAGGAAGAUGCAAAAAUCUCAAAGAAAGAGGUUGUGCAAGAAGAUGCUAAUGAUGUUGACGGCUGGCACACGGUUCCAAAGAAAGACAAGAAACAGAAGAAAAAGGAGAGUGAAUCAAGACCAGAGAGACAAGAUUCUCCAGUGAAGGAGGAGGAGAUAGUAACAAAGAGUGAGGAGGCAGCAGCAGCUGCAGCAAGUGCAGACAUAGCUGAAGAGAGCACAGGUUCCCCACAGGAACAGAGGGUCAAGAAGAAAAAGGAGAAGAAAAAUAAAAAGACAAAAUCAGAUGAGGAAAUAGUGGAACAAACUAAGAUGGAGGCACAGGUUGUUGCUGAAGUCACGCCAAGUGUUAUACCAGAACCAGAAAUUGUUGAUAGCAAUAUAGAAUUACAGAUUAUGGAUGCCAUGGAAACAACAGUAAACAAUGAUGAAGUAACCAGUGAAAAGAAGAAGAAAAGUAAAAAAGAUAAGAAGAAAGCAGUUGAGGAUGAUUUUGUUAUUCCACAAGCUGCCAUGGCUACCGAGGUUGUGCAAGAACCAGUUGAAGAUCUUCCAUUGAAGGAGAACACCGAAGCAUUAACUGUUAAAGUACCUAAAAAGAAACAGAAAAAAGAUAGAAAUAAAAAGAAUGAAGAGAAAUUAGCAGAGAAUAUAGAGAUAGGUGCUAGUGGGGAAGUGGGUGCUAGUGGACAAGUGGACUCUAGUCUUUCACAAUCUUCUGUCUCCAAUACACAACCAAAGAAAACCAAAGUCAAAGAUACAUCAGUUAAAGAAGAUCCACCAGUUAUUGAGAUGGUUGGAGAGGUAGGAGCGUCCUCCAAUAUAACCAGUCCAGCACAGCCUACAGCAUCAUUUGACGAGCUAGGAGGCAUGACUGAGUCUUGGACAGAAGCAAAACCAAAAAGUAAAAAGAAGAAAGCAAGGAGAGCAGACUGAUUGAACUUCAUACAUAGAUUAAAAUAUUUUUUAUAUACAUAAAUGGCCUAUUUAGGGUCAUAACUUGGGUCCAUGUCAGGAUAUAUUUUGUGAUAAGCAUUACAUUAGAUAUAAUAUAUUCUAAAUAUAGCACCAGUGGUUGCUAUGGCGAUGAGAGGACACUGUCAGCAGUCUGUCCGAGACAGCAUGGGUCAUCACUAGGUGAAGGUCAUGUGUUCAUUUUGAAGAGAAGAAUUGUUUGUGUUCGACACAAAGAUAUUUUAUUCGUUUGUGCUAUAUGACAACAUGUUAUGAAUGUGUAUAUUGGACUUGAGGUUUUCAGUUGAUGACAUUGAUGAUGUUGAUUUUAUGUACUCGACUCCUACAGUUUCCAUCCAGUUGAAAUGAAAUUUGGUAUACAUUAUCUAUAUGAAGUUGACAUAAUGCUUAGUUUGGGACUUUCAUGUCUGAUUGUUUUUGUUCUGGAGUUAUGUCCCUUUUUUUCGGACUGCAGAAUAUUUAAUAAUAAUAAUAAUAACUUUAUUUUAAGAAGGUGACAUAUUAAGAAUACAUAGUAUACAUACAACUUAUUUCCAAUAUGGCCUUCUACAUAAAUGUUAAAACACAGUAUCUACAACAAUAAGAGUAUCAGUAGCAGUAACACAAUUUUUCAGUUACGUCAGAACAUUGUGUACUCACCUUUCCUACAAUUUACAUCCAAUUGAAAUGAAACUAGAAAUAUUUUUAUUCUUAGGAGGCUGACUCAUUAUCUUUAAAGUAAUCAUAGUUUUGGAGUUGCUUAGAUGUAACAUAUUUGCUUAGCACACUGGAUGUGCACAAAUUUCAACCAGACCUUAUGCAUGUAUUCUGCCUAGAUUUAUUGAUAACCAGGUGCUUGAAAUGUUAAAUCCAUCACAUUUUUGUCCCAAUAUAUAUGGUUGUGUGAUCCAUAGCAGGGUUGUCUGUAGUUGGACCGAAGUUUGCUUGGGUUUGACAUGUACAAUGUCAAUAGUUCUAUGUUACAUGCCUAAAAUAUUGUGACCCAGAAAAUACCUGCAUUUUUAGCUCACUAGGGAAGUACAGUUAAGUUGUACAUCUUCAAGUGUCUACAUUUUCCCAUGUUAUUAUAUAAAACAACUUUUUGUGAAUGAAUCUUCACCAAACUUUGCCAAUAGCAUAUUUGAAAAAACCUCUCGUAAACGAUGUUAAAUUUGUUCAAAUGGUUUCACAUCUGAACAUAGGCAUCUUUUACAUAAUAAAAUUGGCAACACAUUUUAAGGAGACUGUAUAUUUAGUAAAAAAUACGUGAAAAGGGUGACCAGAGAAGCCAGUAGAUUGAAAUGCAAAAAAUAUGGUAUAUGAAAAGCACACAUUUUGAAAACUUAAAACCCCUUGUUGAUAUAUGAAAAGGUGUCCUAAUUUUACAGGAUGAAGGCAUGUACUCAGGCCUGGGAUUUUUUCAGGACUGGAUCUAAUUUCAGGCUUUUGACUGCCAAAGUAUAACUCCUUUGAAAAAGUAAUUUUAGGCUUUAGAACGUAGGUCUUCAGGCUUUUGAAAACUGUCUAUAGGCGAUGUGUGACUAGAGGUUUUGACUGAUGGUGAUUUGGGGUUGAACUUUUUGGAGAAUGUGUUCCUUUAACAGUCCAUGUUAGAAGUAAUGUUUUUAAGUUUUACAUAUAUUGUUAUUAGAUACUUGUUAUGAAUGUCAGGUAAUUGUGGUGCUAUGUAACUAAAGCACUGUUAACUACAGCAAUAUUAUAUAUUAUGUAUGUUUUCCUGUCGGCCAAAACUGGUGGAAUGUUUUAUGCCAAUAUGUAGACUGUUUAUGAAGGUAUAUGUGGGUUGUUUCAUGCUGUAACUCAUUUUGCCAAAUCUUGCAUCGGUAACAAUGCAGUUGUCUCUUUCUUACCUAAUGUAAAUUUAGCUUGUAAUUACGAUUGUCGGGCAGUUUUAUACCAACUACUAGACAUUUAAAUAUUAAUUGUUUUGUUGAUAGAUGUAUCCCUUGAACAGUAUUGAACUGUUACAAGUAAGAUGACUUCCAAGAGAAAAAAAGUUCCUUGACCUGUAGAUACCAAAACUUGAUAGUUUCUUAUUACAACAACAGUAUUGCAAUAAUCAGUUAAUAAAAAAGGGUCUAACAAGGGGAACAUACAUCGUAGCAAGAUAAUAGUACUGUUUUUACCCUGUUUUCAGGUUAUACAAUUUCUCUGAGAAAAGAACGGGGAAAAAUAACUAUUUUUAUAUUGUAUGUAAGAAAUUAUUUAGAAAAUUAAGCAUAUUUCAGGGUAAAAACAUUUUACAAUGAAACCUUUCAGAAAUUAGAUUCUCAGAUAUCUUUUCAAACUGGGUAUACAUCCUUCUAUGAGAGUGACCUGUUCAGGGAGGUUUAAUUGUAACAUGUCUAGAAUUGCAUUGUAUUAUGAUGUGACUACCUGUACAUUGUACUUUAUGCUGUUACUUUCUUUUGUUACAGUCAUUACAAAGUUUUAUGAUGUAACUAUCAUUACCUAGUGUUAUGAUAUUGAGAUACAUUAUCUUAUGAUGUUACUACCUUCACAUUGUACUGUAUGAUGUUAUGAUCAUUACCUAGUGUUGUCACGAUACAGUCAUUACAUAGUAUUAUAAUCUUGCUACCAUUACAAUGUGCAUACAUGUGAUCUCCCGCGCGGGAGGGUCAAAAUCCCGAUUUUUUCACCUUGCCUCCCGUCUCCCGACCAAAACCAUAUUUCUCCCGCUUUUCAGAAAGAAAAAAAAAAAAUCGGUAUUAUGACUGGGUUGAUAAUUACCGAGGAGUGCCAAACAUGUUUGCACAGUUCAAAGUGUCACCGACUGUUGUGUAUUAUACAUGUUUGACACAUAUGUAGCUGGAGGAAAGAGUUGUUUUUGACAGGUGAAUUAUUAAUUGUUUGUUUUGAUAAGGGAUUAGACAAGCAGGGCAUUUUCCACCUGUCUCACGGGGCCGAAUAUCUGCCCAUUCUCAAUGCCAAUUAUGCUCCAUUUUUUACCAGUUUGAAGCAAAAAACUCCCAGUCAUAAGAAAUAAUUCCUAACUGAAAUGAAUUUUGAUUAUUCAAAGAAAAAUUUUGCUCGGUAAUAAAAUCACAUAAAUAAUUGUUGGAAAAACCAACCCAUUGCUAUUUUUAGAACAGGAGUGUUAUUUCCCCUUAUGGAGUUACGCCAUUUUCUUCCAAUGUUUACCAAAUUAAUUUGCUACUAAAUCGGACAUAUUUCAUUGAAAAUUGGAUGACAACACACACUCGUUUAUUUGAUAACAUCAAUCUACAUUAUUUGGUAAGGGUAAAUACAUGUUGAUGCGUUUCUGUUUUCUAUUUUUCAUGUCAAAAUCAUCAGUAUUUUUAUACGAAAGUGGGUGGGGUAAAGAAUUUACAUAAUUUAUGAGUUGUGUUCAGACCAAUUUAGAGCUUCGUUUUUUUUUUUAAGUCCUCGAGUAGAAUAAUGUUAACGCAUGUUCACCUUCAUUUCAGACCUAAAUUGAGACUUUGAUUCUACAAAUUUAAUCUGUUAAGAAAGUUUAAAGUUAGAACAAGAGGGAGCUUCUGUAAGAUAGCAUGCUCGACUUUUCUCAGUGAUUGACUCUGAAUUAAAGCUUUGCCAGUAAAAGGGGCAUAAUAGUCAAUAGCUUUGAAUGUAUUAGAGAUAUUAUACAUUAUAUAAAACUUUAACAAACAAAAAAUGAAGUAAAAAAGUGGCAUAACUCUGUCAAAAUUCAAAUCAAGAGUUAUGAGGAUUGUUUCUUCUGGUGUAGACUUACAUACAUUAUUUUGUGGCCGAAAAUGUUGGAUUUUGCCUCUAAAGUUACGUGUCCACGCGCUUAAUUUAUGUCGAUGAAAAACCUCCAGUUUUGAGACCCCAACUCCAGCUGAAAAAUGGCAAACCUCCAGUUUUGGGAUUCUGAACUUAUCACAUGUAUGCAAUGUGUUAUGAUUUUGCUGUCAUUACAUAGUGGUAUGAUGUUGCAAUCAUUUCAGAGUGUUAUGAUGUUGCAGUCAUUACAUUAUCAUAUGCUGUUACGGUCAUUAUUACUAAGUGUUAAGAUGUUGCUAUCAUAUGAUAGUGUUAUGAUGUUGCUAUCGUAUAAUAGUGUUACGAUGUUGAAGUCAUUACAUAGGGUAAUGAUGUGGCAGUAGUUAUAUAGUGGUAUGGUGUUCAGUGUUGAAAUCAUUACAUAAUGGUAUGAUGCUGCAGUAAUCACAUUGUGUUAUGAUGUUACUGCCAUAAUAUAGUGUUAUGAUUUUGCAAUCAUUACAUUAUAUUAUGGUAAAGAGUUAUGAGGUAACUGUCAUAAUGUUGACUCAUAAUACCAUUACAUAGUAUCUUGGUGGUACUACCAUUCUCUUAAACUGUAUGUAUGUGCCUUAUUUCUUGUCUUUUACUGUACUAACCUUCAAACUGUUAAGCAACACCUUGGAUAGUUACAUACAUUUGUCAACCUUUAAUAGCAUAUUUAAUUAAGGUUGAAACAUUGAAAACAUGUGUGAGGGAAGUGCAAUCACUAAUAAGGCAACUCCUGCUUUUAAAGAUGAUAAAUGAACCGUGCCAUGAGAAAACCAACAUAGUGGGUUUGCGACCAGCAUGGAUCCAGACCAGCCUGCGCAUCCGCGCAGUCUGGUCAGGAUCCAUGCUGUUCGCUGAUGGUUUCUCUAAUUGCAAUAGGCUUUGAAAGUGAACAGCAUGGAUCCUGACCAGACUGCGCGAAUGCGCAGGCUGGUCUGGAUCCAUGCUGGUCGCAAACCCACUAUGUUGGUUUUCUCAUGGCAUGGCUUAACUAUAGCAUAUUUAUUGGAAUUUAAAAACUCCUGUCACUAUUUCAUGAGGGAGCUAAUGCACUGUACUUUAGGAAAUACCUUUGAUAUUGCAUAGAAAUAGAUCUGUUAAGCAUGUUACCUCUGCAGCUAAGCAAUUAUAAGCUUUAUUCAGGUUUGAUUUUUAGCUCGACUAUUCAUAGAAUAGUGAGCUAUUGCACUCGCCCAUGCGUCGGCGUCACAUACUUGUUCACUAUCAUGAUCUGACAUGCACUAAGCAAGUCCCAUAACUCUACUCUCUUUUUUUUCAAAAUUAUGCCCUUUUUCGACUUAGCAGUUUUUUGUUAAGUUUUUGUAUGUAAGCUGGUAUCUCAGUAUCCUCAAAUUGGAAAGGAUUGAAACUUCACACACUUGUUCACUGUCAUGAUAUGACAUGCAGUACAGAGGUUCAAUACCUCUACUUUGCAUUUUACAAAAUUAUGCCCCUUUUUCAACUUUUGUAUUCAUUCAGUUGACAAGGCUGUUGAAUAGUCGAGCGUUGCUGUCCUCCGACAGCUCUUGUUUUGUAGCCAGUGUGUUUGAUAUAUAUAUUUUUUGCUGUUAUUUACAGUCUUAACAUGACAAAUUAAAGGAAAAGUUUGUUAACACUCUAGAGGCCAUAUUUAUGACCCUGUCUUCAUGAAACUUUGUAAGAAUGUUUUUCUUGAUGAUUCCAAAGCCAAGUUCAAAACUUGGUCAUGUGGGGUCAAAAACUAGGUCACCACUCAAAGGAAAACCUUGUUCACACUGUAGACACCACAUUUAUGACCCUAACUUCAUAAAUCUUGGUCAGAAUGUUUAUCUUGAUGAUUCCAAUGCCAAGUUUAACAGGUGAGCGAUAUAGGGUCAUCAUGACCCUCUUUUAUUUCAAUGUAAACGAAAUGUGAAACCAAAAUUUUUUGUUCUGUUUAGGGGGCAUAUAGUCUGUACUGUGUUGGUACAUCUUUAAACCAAAGUCAACAUCAAGACAUACCUAAUAAAUAUUACAAGCUCCUCAUUUAUUGCUUGAUGGUGAGAUAUUAAUCACAAGUCGGGUCUGUUAGUCCCUCCUGUACAUAGAGUACAUUUCUAUUGAAUAUUGCUCUGGAGUUGUUCAUUUCUGUUCAUUUAUUUUUUACAUUCCACAUUUUCUGAUUUGGCACAUUUCAUACAGGUAUUUUCUGUUGUGUUAAGACAGGUUUGAUGGUUACCUUAGUUUCAAGUGCAACCUGAUAUGUAGUGGACCGAUGAUCUCCCUUCAUUGGAAUGCUAAACCAUUGCACACUGUUCUGUAAACUGGUUAUAUUCCUUCAACUAAUUUGGAUACAUUUUGACAUUGUUUUGAAGUUUAUGAUUGAUUUUACUUACAAUUUUGCUUAAGAUUUUUUUGUUAUUUUAUAUUUUCCUAUUCUUACUCCCAAAACACAAUUAGAAAGAUACAGUCAAAUGUUGUAUGAAUGUAUUGGCAUUAUUUUAAAGCUUAUGAAAACUUACAUAAGUGUUCCCUCAUUUUGUAAUAUAUGAAUUUUGAGGGUUCAGACUCCAGGUUGUUUAGUGCCAUUUUUUUGUCACUCUUCACAAGAUAAUUGGGAAGUUGCAUAUUGGGAUAAAAUUUGUGUUUGAUUUAUAUUUGUUAGUUGUCUUGAUUGUAUCUUACAUAGUCUAGUACCUGACAUUCUAAUUAUAUCCAGUUUAUGUCAUCAUUGAUGUUAUAAUAUUUAGAUAAGAUCUUUUUCAUUUGAAAAUAGAUUUUAUUUGAGUAUUUUUACCUUGAGGUACUGUUGCUAGAAGAGUCGAGCAUUCAUAGACAUUGCUUUGUUAAGAGGGUCUAGUAGUUAGACUUUUCCUUCAUUUUGUUUUGUUAGCAGAGAUUCUGUAGAAAUUCAGUAUAAAUGUAGCAUGUGUACAGAUUUUCAUUUGAAACAGGUUUAGCAGAAUUUAUACACUGUCAACAAAAUCUCGGGAACAGUUUGAUUUUCCCUUUUGGUAUAGAGGUGUAAUUUGGCACCAAAGUUUCAUAGAAAUAAUACCACUCAGCAAACUAAUUAUCCCUCUGCCAAUAGAUAUUGCCAUAUUGUGAAAGCAGUUUUUACAUGGUCUUAAAGUUCAAGUUUUUUGUAUUUUAUUCUAAAAAUAAAUUGAUUGAAUAUGAUUGAAUGUUUGUAGAAUCCAGAUACUGUAAAUGUUUAAUUUUUAGCGCGGCUUUUAUUUUCGAGAAAUUUCGCGAAUGAACCUUCUCGGCAAUUCAUCUGUCUCGCUAAAUUUCUGUUUUAAUAUUGUUGGAGAAAGCCAAUGGCACGAAUUAAAAAAAAUGGAAAUCGCAAAAAAAAAAAUCACAAAAUGUAAGUGUGGAAAACUUCUCUCCCUGUAAAAGUAGUCAGUUGUCUGUAAAAUUUUAUGUUAUUACAUGAACUGAUAUGUUAUUUUUCAUUUUUUCCUAAUAACUUGUGAUUUAUUACUUGAUAUUUUAUUUUGGCAUUUAUUUGAGAAUUUUUGUGUGUGAAAGUUCUGCAUUCAGGUGAUGGUGAUGUUGGAGUGAGUUGGUUACUGUUGUAUGCAAUAAUACCAACAUGUUAUUUAUUUUGAUGAUUAUGUCUUUAACCCUUAUCAUGCUGGACACAAUUGAUUCUGCCAUUGCAACCAGUGUAGAUCAUGAUCUGCACUUUUUGCCAUUCAGUCAGUAUCUUUUUGUUAUGCAGCCUUUUAAACAGUUAAUGGAACUGUCCAAAUUGAAAGAUAACAUAAAGGAGUUCAUUAUAGAAAUAUAGUCGGGUAAGGGUUAACUGUUAACUGCAAUAUUUGAUGUUGUUUUGUAUAUCUGUAUAUCCUUGUUACAUUUGGACAGUGGUUUAAGGAGACGUUUCCUUGAUCUGUCUCGGGUUGAUCUGUAUGGGUAGUUCAUUGUUCAUAUAUUUCAGAUGUUAGUUUGGAGGGGUGUAGGUCUGUCUGAUGCAGUUAAUUCAUUCACACUAGACUGGUCUUAAGUAGCUGGACUAUUUUUAUAUUCUAUAAGUAAUGUUUAUUUGAUAAGAAGCUGAAUUUAUGUUGAUAUGUAAAACCCAAAAGACAUGAAGGAGCCAUGCGAAUCUGGUAAACACAGUCUAGGAGCCAGGCUAGUCCAGCAGAUACUGUCUUCUUUUAAAGAAAGUUGUUGCUAAAUUUUAAAUUUAAAAGAUGCUUUCUGUCUGUUUCAAAUUUUAUUGAUGUGUAUUACUUGAAUGUUCCUAAACCUGAACUUAAUAAAGCAUAAUUUUGAACUACCAAAUUGAAUAGGUUCAUAAUGACAGCGUCCUUUAAAGUAAUCAAAAUCUACUUAGCUCUUAUAAAGAUUAUGAUUUUCCCUUCAUUGAUUUGAUUAAAGCUAGAACAUGUCUAGGAUUUUUCAGGACUGGUCCUGAUUUCAGGCCAUUGAUUGCCAAAAUUUCCCUUUAUAACACUAUUGGAAAAGGAAUUUCAGGCUUUAGAAAGUAGGUUUGUCAUUUAGUGAGAACCCCUAGCCUGGUAGAAAAAGGCGAUGAAAUUUAUUCAGGUGCUUGAUUAAAAAUGGUUCAUGUACCUUAAUGACUUGGUUAUCGGUAUAACUAAGAACUGAUGCAAAGAUUAACUUUGGCUGUGGGAAUUAUUUUUUGCGAACAGAGUGAAAUGUAAAUUCAAAACACUUGCAAAUAUUAAAUAGCAUAAUCGCCAAAAAUACUAAUAUUUUGGGAAGCACAAGUAAAGCUAUACCCAUGUGGCUACCGUCUACAUGUCAGAAAAUAUAAGGGACAUGAAAAUUAUUUUAUCUACUGUAAUAGGCCCAGCCUUGAUAAAAUCGGUGUUGCUCAUUGUACAUGGUCACAAAUCAUUUACUUUUUGGUAAACGGUUCUGGUAUUUUAUUUUAAAUGCAUGUAUAGUGAUUUUUUCUUUAAUUUUAGGAAGUAAUAACUAUGUUCAUGAAAUACUUUGUGCAGGGUUAUUUCAAAUGUGACUAUAUGUAUGUCAUGAAUUUUAACUUUUGGUUAAGUAUAAAUCAUUGUUUAUUUUGUGAGAAUUGAAUUCAGCGGUUGAAAUAUGAUAUAUUAUAUCUCAUAAAGAAGAAUGAAAACCA